GUGAAAUAUAACGCUAAUUUACUUUCUGGUACAGCCCCUUUUCCUCGGAAUUUCUGCUGUGAAGGGUGAUGAUGAUACUGUGCUGUUGUCUAUUGCAACCCACGAUCAUACCUACCUUCUCGAUUAUAUGAUCGAGCAAUUAAAGCCGAAUGACCCCGCGAAUAACGGUAAAGACGUGAUCGCAGACUACGUGAUUUCCCAGGUGCAGAAGUAUGAACAGGAAAACUUUGUCAAGUUCAUUGGCGCAGGGCUCCCGACGGAAUUGAAGGACUUGAGCCCCACUAUUCACUCUCGCCUCUGGUUGGAAAUCGAUAUUAUCCCAAUCGACUUUGACGUUGAUAAGUCCGAAUCAUCCUUUUGGGAGUCCAAGGAUGUUGACGAGCAGGCUGACUCAAUGGCCCGUAAAUGCGUGAUGGUUUUCGGGCCUUCCUUGAUUCCUAUCCUACAAGUUGGAUAUCGAGGCGCUGUUAUGAGCGAUGCGGGAUUUAGAGCACGCUUGACAACCCUUGAAGACUACAAGUCAACUUGUGGCAGUGGUACCUGGGAGUCUACAAUGCAAAUCGCGACUCAGCUCAAGAAUAAGAAAGUCAAAAUCGCUUUCUUCAGUUCAACUCCUCAAGGAGGCGGGGUGGCACUUAUGCGACACGCGCUGGUAAGAUUUUCUCGUCUUGCUGGAGUCGAUUUGACGUGGUAUGUUCCAAAGCCGCGCCCAGGUGUCUUCCGAAUUACCAAGAAUAUGCACAACAUUCUCCAGGGCGUUGCUAGGCCGGAUGAGCGUAUCUCAUUGGAAGAGCAGAAGACGAUUACGGAUUGGAUUAGUGAAAAUGCCCAGCGUUAUUGGUUUUCUAAAGGGGGGCCCCUGCGCCCCGCAAAAGAAGGUGGUGCUGACAUCGUUGUGAUCGAUGAUCCCCAGAUGCCCGGCCUUAUUCCACUAAUCAAGGAAGUAACCCCAAAUCGUCCUGUCAUCUACCGCUCGCAUAUCCAAGUCCGCAGCGAUCUUGUUGCCCAAAGUGGCUCGCCGCAAGAUCAGGCUUGGACGUUCUUAUGGAACAACAUCCGCCAUGCAGAUAUGUUUAUAAGCCACCCUAUACCUCAGUUCGUUCCAGCCAGUGUUCCUCGCGAUAUCGUGGCAUACAUGCCAGCAACAACAGAUUGGCUUGAUGGGUUGAAUAAGCCCAUGAACGAGUGGGACAGUGGGUACUACGGGAGCAAUUAUAAUAUACAGUGUCAUGCCCAAAACAUGACAACCCUGAAGUACCCGGACAACAAGUAUAUCAUCCAGGUUGCCCGCUUUGAUCCCGCGAAAGGCAUCCCUACCGUCAUCGACGCGUAUGGUGAAUUCCGCAAACGGGCACAGGAGCUAGGAAUGGAAGAUAUCCCUCAAUUGGUAGUCACGGGCAAUAGCUCAAUUGAUGACCCGGACGGGACACUGAUAUAUGACAUGGUCAUGGAACAGAUCGAAUCGCAAUACGCGGAAUUCGCUGACGACAUAAGCGUCAUGCGCCUGCAAGCCAACGAUCAACUUCUCAACACUUUAAUCGCGAAAUCCCACGUGGUGCUACAACUAUCCACACGAGAAGGUUUCGAGGUCAAGGUGUCUGAGGCGCUGCAUGCUGGGCGACCAGUGAUUGCCACGCUAGCAGGUGGUAUUCCGAUCCAAGUCAAGGAUAAAGAAAACGGUUUCUUGGUCAAACCUGGCGAUUCCAAGGCUGUGGCACAGCAUCUUAUAGAGCUAUUCACAGACCAGGACCUGUGGGACCGCAUGAGCCUCGCAGCUAAGAACGGUGUCAGCGACGAAGUCGGUACAGUUGGCAACGCCCUUUGCUGGUUCCAUCUCGCAAACAAGUUUGCCGAAGUUGGAGUUCCAGAAAAUGGGGUUGGGGCUUUCAAGGGAAAUUGUCGAUGGGUGAAUGAUCUUGCGCGGGAGGAAACUGGCCAUCCAUAUAAAGAAGGGGAGAAUCGUCUUCCACGAAAGUUUACCGAACAUCCCGAAUCAACUGCUUAGGUUCCACGGAGAUGAGUCCAAAGGACUAGAGGGUGUGAGUAGAUUGUGAAAUCUGAAGGAAGAGAGAAUUUGCCUUUAUCGUAUGACUUUAUGUAGUAGAGUAUAGGGGUAGAGGGGCAGAGGGGGUCAUAGUCAGGUAUGUGUGCCAGUUACGUAAAGUCUCGUGGCCUUACACUAGUACGACCUUAAGAGGGUCGGUAGAUGAAUAAUGCAGUGCCUCUGAGAGGUGGAUGUGGAGUCUUCCAAGAGCGCCAACCCUUCUUCUCCAGGGGGCUACGAUUUUAGCAUCGACCUAGCCCGUAUUACCCAGCAGUCGGUAUUGUAACUCCUUGGAGAUGCAAAUUCCAACGUGGAU